AUGUUCAACUACUGGGCACACUUGACCGUCAAACUCCGCAUCCCCGGUCUGGAGCCACUUGCAUACGUCGGCCAGGUAGACGACAACGGGACAGGUCUCUUUAGUGCUGGGUUCGAAACCCCAGCUCCUGCAGAGAUCCCUGUUUCUGUCGUGAUCAGAUGCAUCGAAUCCUUGUUUGCAAAUAUCGAGGGCCUGCCAUUCGUCUUCAGGCAUCUCUUCUUGUACGGAGGAUUGUCGUUCGAAGCAUGCGUUGAUAUGUUUCGCCGACACAUGGGGCCGCCUCCAGGUCAUGACGUCCUCCUCGCCUUCAAUAAACAACCCAUCGAGGAGCUCCUUGUGCAGGCCAUAGCUCUCAAACAUACGGCCAUUGUUGCAAGAGAAAGGAUGCUGGGUGACCAAGCAGAUCUCUCCUUCAGGCAUGCACUCCAACAAGUGUGGGUGGUGCAAGCCCAGCAAACCCCCCAAGCACUACCCUUCAGACUCUUGUUCGUCAUCAUGCUGCUCUAUCUGUAUGGAAGACCUCAUCAUGCCUUGGGCAUCCUGCAAAAUCUCGAACCUCUUGUUUGGAACACCGCCCCAAAACCCCAUGAUAGCCCUGCGACCAAGGCACAGUAUGAAGCUUACCUAUAUCUGUACUUUAUCCUGGAAAGGUAUCCCAUGCCGAAUCUUCGCUAUGGUUGUAUUCUAAUGUCGAUCAGCGAUAUCCUGAGCGAAAUAGACGGGGUUCCCUCGGACCGCCUACACACCGUCAUUGUUGCGGCAUUGAACCGGACUACGGCGGUCACGGUUCCUCAAGUACUUGGGAACGAGCCGAUCCAGGCAUCGGUAGACAAUUAUCAGUCCCUGGAACUCCAGACGCACUUACAGCUCAGAGCUUAUAUGAACACCAUUCUCGAACACAUGUACAGUGCCCAGCGAGCUUAUUGCCGUCCUGAUGAGGUUGCAGGGGUCAUUACGGAGAUUGGACGACGUUUGGACCUGUGGUAUUGGAACCUUCCCCUGAACCUGAGAUUUCCCCGACACCCGUCGUCCUUCCGUCUAGCAUCAAACAAUGUGUCGCACCUCCUGGACGAAUUGAGAUUUCGAUACUACGCAACUAUAUUCCUCGUCAAUCGUCCUAUCUUAUACCAUGUGCUACACGCAAGAUAUCAGAACGCCGUCAGCGCCACCAACGCCACCAACGCCGGCCCCUCCGUACAGGAUCCUAUCCUGGAUCCGUGGGUAUAUGAGUCUUGCCAUAAUUGCGUGCAGAAUGCGACCAUGAUCAUUCUUCUGCACUCAAAAAGACAUGAAACGACCCGUCACGAAUAUUUUGAGAGUUGGAGCAACCUUCAGCAUCUAAUUGCCGCAUAUGCAAUUAUACUCCAGGUUCAGGCAUCGGCGAUAUCAAUCCUCCUCCAAGGCUACGGAGAUCCGGAACAGUUACUUGACCUUGCUGAUGCCGCGCUUGAACACGGCUUGAAUAGGCCUCCAAACGUUCGCGAGUCUUUGGGUAUCCUCAGACACAUCCGAGAGAAUUUUAGGAGGGACACGCCACGCACUCCGUCAAGCACUAGGUGCCGCAUCACUUCACCUGUGCAAUCUGUGGCGAGCCACCAGAGCCAGCCCGGCAGUAGGAGCUAG